GGGGAUGGUCGGGAUGAUCAGUUUGAGAGGGUGGUCGGGAUGGGAAGGGUGGUUGAUUUCUCGUAAGAGAUUGGCGCACUCUUUAUGGACAGAACUUUAUCACACCCCAGCUCAUUGCAAUGGUACCCUCCAUUGCAAUUGGUUUUAGGUUGGACGCUCGGAAAGGAUGAUUCGAACCAUUAACAAUGCAGUUCACAGUCUCCUAUUCCAAGCUCAACUUACAAACACGUAUUGGGUUGAGGCUCUUCACUCUGCCGUCCAUAUUCUAAACAUCUUACCAUCAAAAACCAUCCAAAACAGAACACCUUACACCACUCUGUUUCAUAAGCCGACAGACUACACUCACUUACGUGUCUUCGGUUCCCUUUGCUACCCAAACCAGAACAGCAGCACCAAAAAUAAACUCUCCCAUCGCUCCUAACCUUGCAUUUUUCUUCGUUAUCCUCAUAAUCAUAGAGGCUACCGAUGCUUGGACCUCAAGACAAGAAAAAUCAUUAUUUCUAGACAUGUUCAAUUCGAUGAAACAUGCUUCCCAUACAAAAAAACACAACCUCAGCCAGACAAAUCUUAUGAUUUUCUUUUACCUUCCAUAGAGGCAUCUCCUUUAUUUCGUCAAAUUCUUGAAACACCAUCUGCUUCUCUUCCUCCUCAACCAAUUACCGAGAUGCCAACUCAAGCUGACAACACUGUCACUGAGGCUUCACAAUCAUAAAUAUGAUGCUAACGGUUGCUUCAAAAAGCACAAAUCUAGACUUGUGGCUAAUGGUAAAUCUCAGGAAGAAGGCAUAGAUUUCACAGAGACCUUCAGUCCAGUCGUCAAGCCUGCAUCAAUUCGAACCGUUCUUCAUGUCGCUCUCACCAACAACUGGCCAAUCAAUCAAUAUGAUGUUCAAAACGCAUUCUUGCACGGGAACUUGGAGGAAACCGUCUAUAUGUUUCAACCAUCCGGCUACGUUGACAAAUCAAAACCAGAUCACGUAUGCAGACUCAACUGCUCCAUCUAUGGUCUCCGACAAGCUCCUCGGGCCUGGAAUCAACGGUUUGUUGAGUUCAUCACGAAACAAGGCUUCAAGCAGAGCAAGAGUGAUGCAAGCUUGUUCAUCUACAUGAAGAACAAUGAACGUGCGUAUCUUCUACUAUACGUCGAUGAUAUUAUCUUAACUGCUUCUUCCUCUUCACUCCGUCAGGCUGUUACCGAUGCUCUAAAGUCAGAGUUCCCAAUCACUGAUGAAGGUCAAAUAAACUCUUUCUUAGGGAUCUCAGCUUUGUUCAAUGAUAAGGGUUUGUUCUUGAAUCAAACUCGUUAUGCUGAGGAGAUCAUUGAACGCACAAACAUGAAAGAUUGUAAACCGUGUGCAACGCCAGUGGAUUUGAAAUCUAAACUUUCGGACAAGGAAGGCAAACCAGUCUCCAAUUCAACUGAUUAUCGGAGCUUGGCAGGAGCAUUGCAGUAUCUCACCUUCACAAGGCCAGAUAUAGAUUAUGCGGUACAACAAAUUUGCUUGUUCAUGCAUGAUCCUCGAGAGCCUCAUUUACAAGCUCUAAAACGUAUAAUACGUUAUGUCCAAGGCACGAAACAGAAGGGGUUACAGCUCCUGAAGUCUCAAGGCAUGAAGCUUACUGUCUACUCGGACGCCGAUUGGGCGGGUUGUCCGUCUACCAGAAGAUCAACAUCAGGGUUUUGUGUCUACAUGGGUGACAAUCUUGUUUCCUGGUCUGCGAAAAGACAACCAACAGUCUCCAGGUCUAGUGCAGAGGCUGAAUACAAAAGUGUAGCCAAUGCAGUCGCAGAAGCGUGUUGGUUACGAAACCUUCUACUGGAAAUGCAUUGCCCCCUUCAGCAAGCUACUAUCGUCUACUGUGACAAUAUAAGUGCGGUGUAUCUAUCUUCAAAUCCUGUCCAACAUCAGCGAACAAAACAUAUAGAAAUUGAUAUCCACUUCGUUCGUGAAAAGGUUCAGAUGGGACAGGUUCGAGUGUUUCAUAUCCCAUCUUCAUUACAGUAUGCCGACAUCUUCACAAAGGGCUUGCCGUCAUCACUCUAUAACAACUUCCGAUCCAGCUUAGGCGUGUGUAAUCCCCACGCUACAACUGCGGGAGGGUGAUAGAUAUUCUAUACAUAAUAUUCGUAUAGUUUAGAUUUGAUUCUAUAAAGAUCAUGGGCAAUCCCAUAUUUGUUGUAACCAACUCCCCUUUAUAUUCAAAGUGAAUACAACGUAAAUCCUCAAGGGAAACUAUCAUUCUUACAAAGAUGCCUCUCCGACCAGCAUGAUCGUAAUAACUUAAGCUGCAGCCCUCACACCGACCAUACUCAAAGCGAGUAAAAGGUACUAAUGGAUGCUCGUGAAGUUGUGGUAUCUCUACCCUGUCCAUGCUGAUUUGUUUACUUCCAGAACUGAUAUGUAGUACCUCUUCUUCUUCCAUGGUGGUUUUGAUUUAGUUCCAAAAUAUAAAAAGCUCUUCUUUUCUAUCUAAUUUGAAACUGGUUUCUUGUUUUUUUUUCAAAAGUGAUUAUCUUUACGCCUCCACUUGUUUAACUAGGACCACAAAAAGCUCUUAUUUUCUA